GUAUAUUUGCCCGCCAUGCCCUUACCAGCGCCUGAUGUCCCGGCCUCUCAGAGGCUGGCACUGGACUGUCGUAUUUUGGACCAUCGCAUUAGCAAGGGGGUUUGCGGUUGUUGCGGGGCUCUCCGGCCUCGGUACAAGAGACUGGUAGACAACAUCUUCCCAGAAGACCCCGAGGAUGGUCUGGUGAAGGCCAACAUGGAAAAGCUGACAUUUUACGCCCUGUCAGCUCCGGAGAAGCUCGACCGUAUCGGAGCGUACCUGUCUGAGAGACUGUCGAGGGACGUGGCCCGACACAGAUACGGGUAUGUGUGCAUAGCUAUGGAAGCCCUGGACCAGCUGCUGAUGGCCUGCCACUGUCAGAGCAUCAACCUGUUUGUGGAGAGUUUCCUUAAGAUGGUGCGCAAGCUAUUGGAGUCAGACAAACCCAGCCUGCAGAUCCUAGGAACCCAUUCUUUUGUGAAGUUUGCCAACAUAGAGGAGGAUACGCCUUCGUACCAUCGCAGCUAUGACUUCUUUGUUUCCCGCUUCAGUGAGAUGUGCCACUCCAGCUAUGAGGACCCUGACAUCCGCACAAAGAUACGCAUGGCAGGUAUCAAGGGUCUGCAGGGUGUGGUGAGGAAGACUGUGAAUGAUGAGCUGCAGGCCAACAUCUGGGACCCUCAGCACAUGGACAAGAUCGUCCCCUCGCUGCUUUUCAACCUCCAGAGUGGAGAGCGGACAGAGAGCCGCUCCCCGUCUCCGCUGCAGGCGUCGGAGAAGGAGAAGGAAAGCCCAGUUGAGCUGACGGAGCGCUGCUUCAGGGAGCUGCUGGGACGAGCCGCCUAUGGAAACAUCAAGAACGCCGUCACGCCCGUGCUGAUGCACUUAGAUAACCACUCUCUAUGGGAGGGGAAGACCUUUGCAGUGCGUUGCUUCAAAAUCAUUAUGUACUCCAUACAGUCCCAGCACUCUCAUCUGGUAAUCCAGCAGCUUCUCGGUCACCUGGAUGCAAACAGCAAGAAUUCAGCCACAGUGCGAGCUGGGAUAGUGGAAGUGUUGCUGGAGGCAGCAGCCAUUGCAGCCAGCGGCUCUGUAGGUCCCACAGUACUGGAGGUGUUUAACACUCUGCUGCGGCAGCUCCGCCUGAGCGUCGAUUACGAGCUCACCGGCUCUUAUGAUGGCAGCACCAACAUCGGCACAAAGAUCAUCAAAGCCCACGAGGAGAGGCAGCUGCAGGAGGCUGUCAUCAGAACCAUUGGUUCAUUUGCAAACACUCUUCCAACAUACCAGAGGUCAGAGGUCAUGCUCUUCAUCAUGGGCAAGAUCCCUGUGCCUGGGGUUCACCCAGCUCUGACCUCCACAAGCUCUGGGCCUGAAGGCACCAGGAUGAUUCAGGUUAUGUUACUGAAGUCCUUGGUUCAGGUGACAGCAGGUUACCAGACCACCAACAUGCUGACAGCACUGCCCAGCUCCUUCCUGGAGCCUCUGCUGUCCUUCUCUCUAACAGAGGAUCCGGAGCUUCGGCUGCUGGUGCUCCAGAUCCUUCUCAGUCUGAUCGACAGGCACGAGAACACACCCAAGUUCUCCAAUAUCAGCAUCCUCGCAGACAUCUCUGUGCUCAAACUCAAAGUCGACAAAUGUUCCAGGCAGGACAACUUGUUCAUGAAAAAGCAUGGCCAGCAGCUGUAUCGACACAUCUACCUGGGUUGUAAGGACCAGAGCAGCGGUCGGCAGCAUUACGAGACCCUGUUCACUCUGCUGGGUCUUCUGAGCGUGGAGCUGGCAGUCGAAGAGGUGGUGGUGGACCUCAUUCGCCUGGCACUAGCCUUGCAGGACCUGGCGCUCUCCACAGACGAGGCUCUGCCUGUUUAUAACCGCUGUGCUGUUCAUGCUCUCGCCGCCGCCUACCUCAACCUCAUCUGCCAGCUCACCACCGUGCCGGCCUUCUGCCAGCACAUCCACGAGGUAAUCGAGGCGAGACAGAAAGAAUGUCCCCAUCUUUUGCCUGAAGACGUCUUCAUUGACAAUCCAAAGCUGCCUUCUUCACUAGAGAAGGUGGAAGGGGAUGUGUUGUUUCUCCAGUCGAAGAUCACCGAGGUCCUGGGAGGCAGUGGCUAUAACACGGAGAGACUGGCUACACCUUAUGUCCCGCAGUUUACUGAUGAGGACCGACUGUCCAAGAGGAAGAGUAUUGGGGAGACCAUCUCACUACAAGUGGAAGUAGAGUCCCGAAACAGUCCAGAGAAAGAGGAGCGGACCCCAGCAGAGGAGAUAACAUUUGAAACCCUGAAAAAUGCAAUCGUGGACAGUGUGGGUAUGGAGGAGCAGGAGAGGGAGCGGAGAAGACAAGUGGUGGAGAAGUUUCAGAAGGCCCCCUUCGAGGAGAUAGCUGCCCACUGUGGUGCCAGGGCUACACUACUGCAGAGCAAACUCAAUCAGAUCUUUGAGAUUACAAUCAGACCCCCGCCGAGCCCGUCUGGAACCAUUUCAUCAGGUUAUGGCCAAACCCAGAGUCGAUCUGUUCCCAUCUACGAGAUGAAGUUUCCUGACCUUUGUGUGUACUAGACCUGAAAAUCCAUUGCAAACCUACUGAACUGUUUUAGUAUUAGAGGAAAGGAACAGGAUUUGGGUGGGGGGGGGGGGGCACACAGUUACUCACUGUAAAGGCAUCCUGACCAUUAAAUAGAACAACAGCAGACUGAAGAACAAGCCCUGAUUAACUUAGCGGAAUGAAAUAAUGGCUAAUCAAUCUUCUGAAUGCAGCCAAAAAAAGCUUGCCAGCUUAAGAAGAAAAGACAACAAAGCAGUAAAACAUGCUUUCAUUUUAACAUUUUAACUCUUUCCUCAUUAGAUGUCUGUAGAAACUCCACUGGUUGGAUUUUCAAAUUAAAAGUUGCAGGGCAAUGUGAGGAUAAAAUGAAGUGACAGAACUGGAAGUUACUUUUUUGCUUUUAGAAAGAUACUUAAGAUGCAUGUUUUUUAACUGGACAUUUUUUUAUAGCUCUGCAACUUUCUGACAUCCCCCCCCUUUAAGGUCUUUAAAAGGUUGCCAUAGUAACACUUGAUGAGAAACAAGAUUGUCCAUUCUAUUAAUUUAUCUUUUUUUUAUGCUAAACUAUGUUCUAUUGUUUGUUGACUUUAUGACCGUAAAGAGAGUGUAUGAUUUAGGUGAAUCUAAAUGAACUUUUUGUGUACAUUUAAUUGAAAUAUUGAUAGAUAUAUUUAAAUAUGAUGCUAUUCCUUUCGUUCCCCGUGUUACCACACUCUAGAAAAUAUUUCUCCAGUGUUUUAAUGCUUUCAUGUUUUUCUGUUUUGCCUUUUUAGCAUUAGCCAAAAGUGCUUUUUCUUUUAUGACUGGUAUUUAUUUCUUGCACCUGUUUAGUUUUCUUUUAAUUAUUUAUAGAUUGCUAAUUCAAUGAGGGAUAACCGUCAAUCUGUGUGCUAUCCUCCCAAAGUGAGUGUGCCUUACAGGUGACUCAAGUUAAAACAGUACCAUACACUGCACCAGUCACGUUCGGUCACUAAACUUCUGAAUCAUGUUUACCAGAAACACUAGGAGACAAUUAAGCAUCCUUUAUUUUUCUCCUUUCCAUAUAAAUGUGUAUAUACAGAGAACUAUAUAAAUCUUUAAGAUGAUGUACAGUGUAGGGUUGUGUUGGUGUGUAUAUAUCCUGUAUAUGAAUUCUAAUUUUAGACUGCCACUGCACUGAUUGUGUCCAUGAAUUAUGAAAAAAACGUAGUUAGAAUUCAGAUGUGAAAAUUUGUCGGCAAAUAAUUAACAAGCACCUCAUGAAUCAAAAGGUGAAUUCUCAAUGGUGUGAACAGCUCACAGCAGAGGCCUUAAUCAUCUCGAGGCCAGUAGAUAACACUAGUGAAGGCUGAAAGCAUCCUGCUCAACUAUGAAUUAACCAAUCUUUGCAGAAAAAAGUUUUCUCUCGCAAAUUCUAAGACAGCACCCACAGCCAUGACUUUGAUUGAUGACAUCACACCCUAAGUCCUGCUGCAACAACUUUGCACUCUUUUUACUCCACACUGCUACUGCUGCAGCCUCCGAACUGUCCAUCUUUCUCAUUCAGCAACAUAUAAAUAAGUCUAAAAGCCAUUCUGUGUGCAUGUACACACACACACACAUACACACAAACACAGAUAAAGAGAAGUACCAUGGCAAUAAUUUGGCACUAGCCUGGCUAAUAGCCCAACCGUUAGUAGCAGAUGCUUUUCUGUGUUUGAACUUGUACCUUCUGUGCUGUGACGGUUCGGUUUUGUUAAGUUGUGAGAAAAAGUCCCUCCUUCUUCGCUCCUGGGCUUCUGUGAAAUAACUGCAUUUCAUGUGAAAGUGUCUCAAGCAUCUUGUUUGAAGUACAAAGUCUGUCUGGUUUGUCCCUGAUUGUCAAGUGUUGCAGUCCAGUUUGUUUUAUUUUUAUUCUUUCUUACAAUGCGAUUUCCCGUGUAUGCAUAUUUAUGUUCACACACAUGCCGGUGUAUCUGAUCGUCUUCAUGUUUACCCUUGUUGUCACUGCAGGUGUGUGUGUUCACAUGUCCAUUUGAAAAACUGUAUCAUCAAUGUCCACGACCAAACUCUUCAAACACAGUUUACAGUUUUUUGUGCGGCCACAUUUGUAAAGAGCGAGCUAAGUGAACGCAACAUGCAGCUGUCUAAAACCUUCCAGUGACACCUUGUUUGUCAAAUUGUCUUUUUCAGCAUCUUGCGACUUGGCGGUGAAGACCUGUAAAUCUACCAGUGUGCUCGUCGUCAUUGCAUAGCGUAAUGUAAUAUUAACUGACAGUAAUCCAAUCUUACUUUUGUCAUUACAUGUCUGGUUAAUAGAUCUGUUUACAAAGUAGUGCUGUAGGUCAAAUCUAUUCAUUCUGUGAACUUUGCACUUUAAAAACUGGAUAACCUAGUGACAAAGGCAGCUUUUACAUGGAGAAAAUGCCUUAUGAGUGCCAUACCUGACUUUGCAUGCUAGUAGUGUUGAUGUAUUGUACAAUAAAAUUGUCGGUAACCGUAAGCAAUCUGA